CCUUCGCGGAUUCGCCAUAGCGGCAGCUUCCACUUGCAGCGGCACGUUGCGCUGUCAAAGUGUCGUUUGUGCCGAACUCUCUGCCGUUAAGUUGACGUGGGAUGUCGGGGAUGGUCCCAGUCACCAGUGGGAUUGUCGAAGCCGUGUCAAGCGAUCUUGUACAACGAGAACCGCCUUGUGCACGGCCGGGCUAGCAUCGAACUGCGAGCGAUAGAGUGGCUCAUUGGUGGUGGGUCAUUUAUGCUCACAUGCUUCCGACUCAUCCCGUGUGUCCCUGAGUUAUGACUUCUUCCCAACUUUAUUUGGCGCAUUGUAGUCGCUUAAGCAUAUCAUGUGUCACCUCCUUGGCAUGCCGCAAGUCAACCACUGUCGAAAAUAAGCGAGUACAUCUUCUCGCGCUAUCCAUGGAGUAGACUCGCUUGAGUGAUGCCAGAUGUGACUGCACACGUUCGGUGAGAGAUAAUGUUUGACAAAAUGAGGCUGGAACAGAUGUGGUUCGCGUUGCGCAACUCUCUGAAGCUGCUCCAUGUCUGUCACAGUGUAGCUAAUCCCAACCAGCGGUUAGGCCGGGAACAAAUCGCUGGGCAAGACUGCUUUGUUUGUCGCCUAUCGCGCGUCCGCAAUUGCGCAAUGAAGACUAUCUACUCGCCGAACCUAGCGUUUAGCUGCUUACGAAGCAAAAGGGAAGUUCAGGCAUUGCGAGCUCCAUCGGAGUCCUGGCAAGGGUAUGGAAGCGUGGGUGGUCUUGCAUGUGACCGAGCUGUCCUGCGGGCAAUCUAGCCUGUUCACAGAGAUCUGCGAUCAAUGCCGAGCUGUUGCGACGGUGCAGCUUCUGAGUGUGUAGCGUAGCUGUGUCAUCCUGCUACUGAUUGCCGUCCAUAAUAUUUGUUAUCACAUCCACCGACGCCAUUCGGAGCGGGCUAACGAAGAAUAGACGUUGAGAUAGCCUUGCUGGAGGCCGUUUCAUCAGCAGAGUAGAGUUCAACGAUCGCUAGGACGUUCCGUUUACGAAGAGGGUUUCCGUAAGAUUUUGCCGAUCUCUGAUCAUAGCUAAAUCACCUCCACGUCCUUCAUGCUCCGUUACAGUAGG